UUGUUCUCUUGUAGCAUCAUAAAUAGUAUGAUUCGAUAUAGCGGCUUAGUUAGGAGAAGCUGCGUUCUUCUUCGAUUGCAAUCAGUUGUGAAAAAAAUAGAGAGAAACAUAAGAACUGACUUGAGAAAAAGCAUUAAAAAUGAUACCAAUAACAACAAUAUCAUAGAUUUAUCUACUCCGAGAUCAAAAGGACCUGGAAGCAGUUCAUCUUCGAGCAAAGAUAGCUACCGGAGAGCCAAAAAACUAGUUAUUACACCGGGUUCGGUUGCACUUCUGGUUUUGCCAGCUUUUACAUUCUGUUUAGGAGUUUGGCAGUGUUGCAGACUACAGUGGAAACUGACCCUAAUAGAAGAGUUGAAAAAACAACUAUCAGCUACAGCAAUAGAAUUUCCGAUUGACAAUUUGGAGUCACUGUUGGAUCUUGAAUAUCGGAGAGUCAGGAUAAUUGGUGAAUUCCUUCACGAAAGAGAAUUUAUAAUUGCUCCACGAGGUCGUUUCGAUGUAGGUUAUGUACAGAAAGAUAGUGGCUCUCUGUUGUCUGAUAAUAAUAUGUCAAGUCAUGGAGCCCAUGUAAUAACUCCGUUUAAAAUCAAAGGCACUAAUCUUAUCAUAAUGGUUAAUCGAGGUUGGGUUCCACCUGAACUUAUUAGUCGCAGUAGUCGUUUGAAUAGCGAACCAAAAGGAAUCGUCACUUUCGAAGCGAUAGUCAGAAAAAGCGAAAAGCGUCCUCAAUUUGUCGGUGAAAAUAUUCCCGAACAGGGUGUUUGGUUUUAUAAAGACUUUUACCAAAUGGCUCAACAAUAUGGAACGCAUCCUGUUUACGUGGAGGCUGUUCAUGAAACAACCGUCCCUGGAGGACCUAUAGCUGGUCAAACUAACAUCAAUGUGAGGAAUGAGCACUUAUCAUAUCUCACAACUUGGUUUACAUUAACUGCUGUUACUAUUGGCAUGUGGGUAGCUCGCUUUAGAAGAUAA